AUGUCGAGUCAACACGACGAGAUGGACGUCGACGCUUCCAGUGGCGUCGGCGCGGUCUCGAGUCCUCUGCACUUUCCGGCCAGCUCCUCUGCAGGCCAUCCCAGCUCAUCCCACGAUCCCAUGCCCGCUCGAGUAGGCGCAUUGCAGCAUGGUGGCCGACAAAUGGGUGAGUGUCGUGCUCUGGCUCCUCCUCUGCGCGCCGUGACGCCGACUGACGCGACCUUCAUUUGUGCCUCACGACGCGUCUUGCCCCCGUCCCCUCUAUCCGGCGCGUCUACCGAAAUCGGGUCGCCCACCGCGAUGACCAUCCGACCCCCAUCCACGCCGCUCUUGCCCCGGAUCCAGCCGCAAGAUCCUCGAGUCCCAUGCAGUUCCCCACCUCGAGCGCAUCCCAAGCUCCGGGCGGUCGAGGUGCUGCCCGAGGUGCCUUCGCGUCGAGCGGCCUCUCGUCGGAUCCCGGACGCGUCGGCGGCAAUGGUCGCGACGGAAGCCCCCUCUUCUUCCCUGGGUGAGUUCUCAGGCUCAUGGUCGUCGAAACACCCGGGAAAUCAUACCUGCUUACUCUCUCCGCAUUUGUUGUCUCCUCUUGAUCGUCUCGGCACAGGUCUGACGUUGGCUCUCCCACGCCUCGGCGCAACAGACGAGGUGACAUCCACUCGGGUUUGCCUCCGACCCCGUCGAACCGACGUGGCGCAGGUACUUCCCAGCCCGGUAGUGGCCUAGACAUCCCCACUUCUUCGGCUGCUUCGCAGCGCUCUCGUUUCGGAGUCGGGGGUGGGGACGACGAUGAGGAAGACCCCUCGUCAACCGCUAAUGGCAUGGGUGAGGAUGGCGACGAGCAAGACGAUGCGGACGAAGCCGUCACCGUCGUCUGGGGUACCCGUGUCACGAUUGUGUCGUCGAUGGCCUCGUUCAAGUGGUUCCUCGAGUCCUUCACCGCCGGCGACCGUCAAGAGUACGAUCAGAAACGCUUCGAGGAAGCCGAUGAGAGCGAUCGAGGAUCGAUCGAGUUUGCUUACACCAAAGAGCAACCCGAGAAGAGGAUGUACCAGUACUACUUGGAGCGCAUGCGCGAGACGGGCCAGACGAACCUUAACCUCGACGUGCUCGACCUGCUUGCAUUCCGUCACGCCGAGCGAGAAGGCAGGGAGCGAGCACGCUUGCCGCGCCGCGAUCGCGACUUUGCCGAGUUGUACCGCAACUUGCAAGACUACCCACAAGAGAUCAUCCCCAUCCUCGAUCAGGUCCUCAAGGACUGUGCGCUCGAUUGGGCCUGGGAACACCUGGGCGGCGCAUCGCAGCGAGCCGAGAACACGCUCCGAGCCGAGGCGAUGGAAGCUGCGGUGUUCAAGGUUCGACCCUUUGGUGGGACGCGCAAGGUUAACAUGCGCGAAUUGAACCCUCAAGACAUCGACAAGAUCGUUUGUGUCAAGGGUCUCGUGAUCCGUGCGACACCCGUCAUUCCCGACAUGAAGCUCGGUGAGUUCUUUCGCCUUCCGGCGGGUGAUACUGGCCUGUUCUAACCCCUAUUCCCCAUUCUGAACCACGCAGCCUUCUUCCGUUGCGAUGCUUGCUCCCACACGGUCUCGGUCGAACUCGAUAGGGGUCAGAUCGCCGAACCCGACAAGUGCCCUCGCGAAGUGUGCGCUCUCCAAGGGUCGAUGAGCUUGAUUCACAAUCGCUGCGAGUUCGCCGAUCGUCAGAUCGUGCGCUUGCAAGAGACGCCCGACGCGGUCCCCGACGGUCAGACGCCCCACACCGUCUCGUUGUGCCUCUACGACGAGUUGGUCGAUAUCGUCAAGCCCGGUGAUCGCAUUUCCCUGACAGGUAUCUUCCGUUCGGUUCCGGUGCGCAUCAACCCUCGCCAACGCAUCAUCAAGUCCUUGUUCAAGACGUAUCUCGAUGUCGUGCACGUCAAGAAGACGGACAAGAAGCGCAUGGGCGUUGAUGGCUCGACGCGCUCCGCCGACGAUCGCCGUGGAGUCAUUGGUGUGGGAGGUGAAGACGAGGAUGGGCAGAACGAGGAGGACGAAGCUGAGAUGGAUGUCGACGGCGGUCUGCUCGAGGAUCGCGAGGCGAGCGCCCAAGCCAAACUCAAGGAACGCAUGGUCGAGAUUUCGCGUCGCCCCGACAUUUACGAAUACCUCUCGCGCAGUCUCGCACCUUCGAUUUGGGAGAUGGACGACGUCAAGAAGGGCAUCCUCUUGCAGCUGUUCGGUGGUACCAACAAGAGCAUUGCCAAGGGCGGCGGAGGUGGAGGACCGCGCUACAGGGGUGACAUCAACGUGCUACUCGUCGGUGAUCCCGGUACCUCCAAGUCGCAGAUCUUGCAAUACGUCCACAAGAUUGCUCCUCGAGGCGUGUACACCUCGGGCAAAGGCUCGUCCGCCGUCGGUCUGACGGCCUACGUGACUCGCGACCCCGAUUCGAAGCAGCUCGUUCUCGAAAGGUAUAUUUUUCUGCACAGUCUCCUUUCGGAGCCUUUGACUGACCCAACCCUGGCCCUUGAACGCCACAGUGGUGCCCUCGUGCUCUCUGACGGUGGUGUGUGCUGCAUCGACGAGUUUGACAAGAUGUCUGAUGCGACCCGCAGCGUGUUGCACGAAGUGAUGGAACAGCAGACGGUCUCCAUCGCUAAAGCCGGUAUCAUCACCACCCUGAACGCCCGUACUUCGAUUCUCGCCGCGGCCAACCCCGUCGGAUCAAAGUACAACCUCGCGUGGCCCAUCACGCGCAACAUCGAUCUUCCCCCGACUUUGAUCUCGCGUUUCGACUUGCUAUACCUUGUGCUCGAUCGCGUCGACGAGGCCAACGAUCGACGUCUUGCGAGCCAUCUCGUUUCCCUCUACCUCGAGGAUCGACCCGCGACGGGCGGCAACGACAUAAUGAAAGUGGAGGAUUUGUCGGCCUACAUCUCUUGGGCACGCAACCACGUCCAUCCCGUGCUGACAGAAGAUGCGUCGACGGCGCUCGUCAACGCGUAUGUAGCGAUGCGCAACGUCGGUGGCGAUGGUCGAUCGAACGAACGUCGCAUCACCGCUACGACGCGUCAACUCGAGUCGAUGAUCCGUCUCUCCGAGGCGCACGCGAGGAUGCGCUACUCGUUGCACGUCGAGCUCGAGGACGUCAACGAAGCGAACCGAUUAAUCCGCGAGGCUCUGAAGGACUCGGCGACCGACCCCGUCACGGGUUUGAUUGACUUGGACUUGCUCGCUGGACAAUCCUCAAGGCAACGCUCUUUGCAAGGCGCGCUCCGACGAGAGGUGAUCGCUUUGAUCAAUGCCAAGCCUUCGGGAGUCAGGAGGACGGAUUUGAAGAAGACGUUGAACGACCAGUCGUCGAUGGCGAUCAAUGAUGGCGAGCUGACCGAGGUGAUCAAGGACUUGGAGAAGGCAGGUAGCGUCAAGCUACGUGGAUCGGGGCAAGGGCAGGUCAUCACUCGUACGGGAGGCGGAGCGAUCGAUGAGUGA